AACGCUUAAAUCAGCGGAAACCUUUGGACUUUCUGUGAUUUUACAGCGAAGCUCCAAUAACCAUCCAACAUCCAAAAUGUUCGCCAGCAACACGCGUAAUCUUAUGCGCAGCAGCAUUUUGCAGCGAUGCAAGAGCACUUUGGUGGUGGCUGAGCACAACAAUGAGGUACUCAAUCCGAUCACCCUGAACACCAUCUCUGCGGCCAAGAAGAUCGGUGGUGACGUCACAGUUCUGGUGGCAGGCACAAAAUGCGGACCCGCUUCCGAGGCUCUUUCCAAGGUGGAUGGCGUGACCAAGGUUCUGGUGGCCGAAAAUGCCGCCUUCAACGGAUUUACCGCGGAGUCGCUGACCCCAUUGGUCCUGGCCGCCCAGUCUCAGUUCAAGUUCACCCACAUCCUGGCCGGAGCUUCGGCUUUCGGCAAAAACGUGCUGCCACGCGUGGCGGCCAAGCUGGAUGUGUCGCCCAUUUCGGAGAUCAUCGAUGUUAAGUCGGACGACACCUUUGUGCGCACUAUCUACGCCGGAAAUGCUAUCCUCACCCUGAAAUCCAAGGACGCCGUUAAGGUGAUCACCGUAAGGAGCACCAAUUUCCCACCGGCAGCCACCAGCGGUGGAAGUGGAGCCGUGGAGCAGGCACCAGCUGGUGACUUCGCCAGCAGCCUGUCCGAAUUUGUAUCCCAGGAGCUGACCAAGUCCGAUCGCCCCGAGCUGGCCGGAGCCAAGGUUAUUGUGUCCGGAGGACGGGGCCUGAAGUCCGGAGAUAACUUCAAGCUGCUGUAUGAUCUGGCCGAUAAGUUUGGUGCCGCUGUGGGUGCCUCUCGUGCUGCCGUGGAUGCUGGAUUUGUGCCCAAUGAUCUGCAGAUCGGUCAGACCGGCAAGAUUGUGGCUCCCGAGCUGUACAUCGCUGUCGGAAUCUCAGGCGCCAUCCAGCACUUGGCUGGCAUGAAGGACUCCAAGACGAUUGUGGCCAUCAACAAGGAUCCCGAAGCGCCCAUCUUCCAGGUCGCCGAUAUUGGCAUCGUGGCAGAUCUUUUCAAGGCCGUGCCCGAACUAACCGGAAAGUUGUAAGGCGAGAUUGUCACUUGCUGUAGUAUAAAGAUUGUGUACCGAUGAAUUGAUAACUGUUGCAUUUAUUUGAAUUUUGACAUAAGUCCGUGGAAGAUUUUCCCUUAAAUUUUGUAAUAAAACAAGCCGAAGACCUAUUCUAUGUGAAAAUUGUAGUCUUAUCAGUUGAGUGCAACUGUUUAAAUCAGCAAAAUAUUUAAAAAAGGCCCAGGGCUAGCAAUAACCAAAAUUCAACUAGGAUAAACUGUUUACUGGCAUUGCAGAUUGCACCUAGUCUAGGAUUUGGUUUCCUUAUCAGUUUCCCAUCGUAUAUUUAUUUUUCAAGAAGCUUUUAUGAGAGCUUUAUUAAUUAAAUUAGUUAUACUAGAAAGCUGAUCAAGCCAAAACAAAUUGUAGCUAAAAGCAUCAAAAAGCUUUCUCGCCAAUUGCGAACUUUUUUAAAAAGUGUGAAAAUGUGAAAACUGUGUACAAAAAAAGAUUAUAGAUCAAAUCAAUAGGAUUUUUACGCUUAAU